UUUGAAUGAGGAUACUACCCUUUAGCACCAAAACUCCAUAUCUGCCGCCGAAAAUACAUUCCCUCCCCUCUCUAUCUGGCCAACGAUCGAACAUCAUAGCCGCAAACACGCUACUAAACCGCAAAAGCCACAAUUCAUGGCGUCAUUUUAUUAAAAACGCAGAGAAGCGUUCACACUCUACCCCCGCUAGGUCAGUUCCCUCUAAUCGCAAAAAUGUUCGGCGCUCAAGCUUCAACUCCGGCCUUUGGAACUUCGGCCUUUGGAACUCCAUCCUCUACGCCUGCAUUUGGUGCCCCAGCCUUUGGCACACCCUCUUCAACUCCGGCAUUCGGUACUUGGUCUUCGACUCCGGCCUUCGGAACUCCAUCGACGCCAUCUUUCGCCACUGGUUUCGGGUCCUCUCUCUUCUCUACACCGUUCUCGUCUCAAACGCAACAGCAACAGCAGCAGCAACAACAGACUCCUCUUUUUCAGCAGCCGUCUACUGGUUUAGGAUUUCGGACUCCGUUCGCCGCUACUCAGGCAACGCCGUUCCCUAAUGCUCAACUGACUACACAGAUGGCCCCCGUGGCUCCGCUUCCUUUCUCGCUAGCUGAUCGUGAUAUUCAGGCGAUUGUGGAUGCUUACAACGAGGAGCCAGGGAACCCUAAAUAUGCGUUCAAGUAUUUGUUGUUUAGUGUAACUGAUCCACAGCAUAGAGUGAAGCCUGCUGGUGUCUCAGAUAUCAUGUGGGCGGAGGCUGUGGCAAAGUUAGAGGGUAUGGAGAGUUCAGAACGGGAACGGCUGUGGCCUCAGCUUGUUCAAGGUUUCAAAGAUCUUUCUCAUCGUCUUAAGCUCCAAGAUGAAGUUAUUGUUUCUGAUACUGAGCGAUUGCAAAUGACCCAAAGCAAUGUGAAGAUGCUUCAAAGGCAUUUUCAUGCUGAGACUCUUCCAUGGAUCGAAAGAAUGAGGCAAAAAGAACAGAGUCUUCAAAGACGCCUUUUAAGGAUAAUGAGAAUAAUGGAGGCAUUGGAGGGUAAAGGUUACCGAAUGCCCUUAAUGAAAGGGGAAGCUGAAUUGGCUGAGAAGUUGGCUGCAAUAACCAGACAGCUGAAAGGAUCUGGAGCUGAACUUUCUCGGAGGGUUCAAAACCUACUCACUGUAUCUCGUGUUCAAGCAACUGCAAUUGGAGUUGGUGGUUCUAUUUACCUUCCAGGAUCAACCAAAAUACAUGAUCAUAGUAUUGCUAAUAUGCAGGAGGUUUUACAACAGCAGACAGAAGCCAUAGCAAGACUUGGCAAUGUACUGAAGCGAGAUAUGAGAGACAUGGAAAUUAUAAUGGCCGAGGACACAGAAAUGACACAAGAUACAAGCUAGCGAGAUGAGGCAUCAAGGAGCACUUGCUGCAUUUGUUUUGACGUCUUGGAAUUUUUGUGACUGAUCUAAGUAGGCAAUGAAUGGUUGAUAAUUUGCAAUGCAGAAAUCUCUCUCUCUCUCUGUUUUUUUUUGGGGACUGGUUUGUUCCAAAUUUGUUGGAGCACCCCUCAAUAUAUCAAGAUCUGCGAUGAUGGCUAUUGA